AUGGAGAGUUGGGAGAAUUUAUCGAAGGAAACAGAAGAAAUCCAGAAUAUUCUCUCCAGUGGAUCGGCAAUGGACUUCCCCAGCACCGAGAUUGACAUGGAAACAGCGGAUAUUGUGCAGGAAAACGUGGAGAUUUCUGCGCAGGAAGAGCCAGGAAUCACGCAAUCGCAAGAGGAGGAAAAAGACGUUUUUUUGCUGGUCAACGAGCAGGAUUGCGACAUUCAAUGCGAAAACUGUGAGUGUAUAUUCUCCUGGUUGGAAUUUCAGAAGCACGUGUGCGAAUAUAAUGAGUACCAGAGGAAGAUCAAUGAGACAGCGUCCGAGAAGGCUUCUAGGGGAAUCCUUUGCUCCCCUGUGAAGGUGUUUGAUGAGAAGGAGCACUCUUGCUUCUCCCAGAUGAGAGAGAACUCCUUGAGGCUGAAGAAGUUCAUCAAGGAGGAACUCAAAGUGGACACUCAGCCAGUGACGACGAGGUCAAAGAAGAAGGACGGGCCCCACGAUUGUAGUCUGUGCGACAGGAAGUUCGUGCACGCUUCUGGCCUGGCGAAGCACAUGGAGAAGCACACGCUUGAGAAUCUGCAGAGAUCUCAUCAAGGAGGCUCCGCCUUACUGAACUGUGAUGUUGUUGUGAAGUGCCUGAUUUGCGGGAGGAUUUUUCCCACUCCCAAGAUUGCCCGAGAUCACCUGGAGUCCUGCUGCCACUCUGCCAUAGAUGAGGAGGAGGAAGAGGAGCGGAAUGCAGAAGAAGCUGAUGUCUUCAUUCCGACGGAGAGGAAUGUAGAAUUCUCGAUGCAAAACCUCAGAGAGAUGGCAUAUGGAGAGUCAAACUGGAACAGGAAUCCUCCCGGAAACUUCUUGACGGUCGUGACACUGAGUUUCGUGCUUCAGUGCGAGUUCUGUGAAUUUGUCUUCAUGGACAAAAUGGAUUUGCUGAAGCACACUUCUCACCAUGAUCCUAAGCUCGGAUUUCUCUGCUUCAGUUGCGAGGUGAACAUGCACACGAGUAAGGAAAUCCUCUCUCAUUGGCAGUUUGAGUGUCCUUUCGUGAGGGAGGCCACUCAGGAGCAGAUUCACCUCGAGACUUUCUUUCUCUGCAACGUGUGCGACAACAAGUUCCCCACUCUGGAUGCUCUUCACAAUCACAGGUACAAGGCAGUUCACCUCUUUCCGCGUCUGGCGCAGGAUACGAAUGAGUUCAUGAUCAACUGCGAGAUUUGUGGAUUCCUUGGCUGCACUGCGACAGAGUUCAUGCAGCACUAUGAGGCAAAACACGUGAGGAAGCCUAAGAGAGUGAUGACUCGAAAGGAUCGCCAAUAUCUCUGCGAUGUCUGUGGCAAGACUUACACCCAAUCUUCUCAUCUCUGGCAACAUCUCCGCUUCCAUCGUGGCGUGAAGCCAUUUAUUUGCCGCGAAGAGGGCUGCUCAAGGCGUUUCACCAUACGUCCUGAUCUCAAUGAUCACAUCAGGAAGUGUCACACUGGAGAGCGUCCUUAUCACUGCCUCACAUGCGGAAAGCGCUUCCUCACCGGCUCCGUGUUUUAUCAGCAUCGCCUGAUUCACAGAGGGGAGCGCAGAUAUGGUUGCGAGGAUUGUGGAAAGCGCUUUUACCGAGCGGAUGCGCUGAAGAAUCACCAGAGGAUUCACACAGGUGAGAAGCCCUUUGCCUGCAUUUAUUGCUUGAAGCAUUUCCGACAGCGGGGCGAUCGUGACAAGCACGUGAAGACACGUCACGUGAUUGCUAAUCAGGACGCAAGAGAAUCAAACAACUCCUCUGGUGAAGCGCUCUUUGGGAACAUUUCAUUUCCCAAGAGUAUGUUUGCACCUCUUCUUGAGGACAUUGAUGGAGAGAAGUGAGCUUUUAUUAUUAUCGCGACAAUGAUUGCUAUUAGAAAUAAUUUAUCUUUUCAACAGGCUCAGCGUGAGUCAGUCUGUUAUUAUGUUAACAUUUUAAAUUUUGAUCUUCCGAAUUCCAGUGUUCUUUCCUUAACAAUUGAAAUUGCAUAAAUGUGCAAAUAAAACCAACAUAUGAAUUGU